UUCAUUUUAAUAAUUUAUUUUUCAUAGAGUUAUUGGUGUCGGUGGAAAUUUCUCCUUCAAUUAAUCUCUGUCCAAAUGACUUGAAUAGGUAAGGAAGUCGAAAGCUCGAACAACUGAUGUGUUCUUUAAUAAUUAAAUACCUCAUUCGAAGAAAUGCCUAUUUAAAAAAAUGAAUACUAUUAUUUCAAUCAGUGUUGUAUUUUUCUCAUGGAAAAUUCAUUCAAACCAUGCCAAUUAUACUGCUCUUAACAUAGUUGAAAAUGCAAACCUUUCUUAUGAAAUUAAUACCAACGUUAGCACGUUCAAAGAGCUACUGACACAAAAUAAAUACUUCAUUGAUAAAACUCUAUUAAUAAAAGCAUUAAUAAACAAUCACGAAUAUGCAAUUGCGAUAACUCGACCUACAAAAUGGGGUAAAAGUAUCAACUUGAGUAUGAUCAGAGAUUUUCUGAAAAUGGAAUUUGAUCAUAAAGGUGCUGUCUAUGACCGAAGAGGCACAGCGAAUUACAGAUUAUUCAGACGCGGCGAAUUGAUUUCUGAAAAUGGGGAUAUGAUCAGAUUGAAGUAUCCUUUACUCAUCAACGAUGAUCAGGAAUUCUUGGAUAAAUACCAAGGCAAUCGUCCUGUGAUUUAUUUAUCAUUUGGUAACAUAACCUGGACAAAUUACGAACAGUUCACCAAAGAUUUCACCAUGACGGUUUGUGAUAUAUUCCUAGAAUUUCAUUUUUUACUCAACUACAUGCAGAUUGAAAUGGAAAGUGGAAAUAAAUCAACCUACGACAAGGGUAUAGUUAAAGACGACAUAAUGGAUUUCAGGCAGUAUUUAUUCGGCAAAAAGAAUAACUAUUUGGAAUUGGAACAAAGUUUGAUAUUUCUCUGUCGUAUGCUGCACAGAUAUACGGGGAAGAAAGUUUACAUUUUGAUUGACGAAUACGAUCGUCCUAUUAUAGAAAUAUUGAAGCAUAGAGAAUUCCCAUUCGAAGAGAGAAAUUUUGUAAAUUUUUUUCAAUUUUUUAUAUGUUGCGCUGUCGAUGUCGAUGUAAAUGACCAUUUAGCUAAAGGAGUUCUUUCGGGGAUUUAUCCCGUUGCGUCGAGAAAUUACAAGACACAUUCGUCAGUUCAUGGUAGGCUAAUAGAAUUUUAUGGAUUAAGCCCCGAUGACGUGUAUUCUCUGUUCACCGAAUACAAUGCAACAACUAGGCAAUCAAUUUGGGCUACUUCUUGGUACGGUGGUUAUAAAAUAAACGAUAACGAAGCCCACGUUUCUUAUAAUGCAUAUUCGGUAAUCCAGUUCCUUAAUACCAAACGAAUUGAAAACCAUUGGAUCAAAACAAGACAAGAUGAUUUUAUAACCAAGUUAAUACAAUGUAAUCCUAUGAUUAGGAACAAUAUUAAGAGAUUAAUUAAAAACCAAAAAGUGAUUAUAAAUAUUAUAGACAAUAAAGGAUUAACUGAAACUUGCGUCGAAACACUCAAAUUAAUCAUUAAUCCACCGUACAGUAAUGAUACCAGUGAUAAAGUAAAGAAUGCAUUUUUUUCGUACCUAUUAAGCAUGGGAUAUGUUACCAUUGUUCCUAAAACAUAUUACAAAUCAGAAUUGAAAAUACAAAUACCUAAUUUAGAAAUGGUAGGCGAGUUCAUUAAAAGAUUGAAUUUAUUUUACGUCGAAGAAUAUCAUUUCGAUAAUAAAAAAUUGGAGAUCAUCAUCAACGAUUUGUACGUAUUCAUGUUAUCAAACGAAACAGUUUCGGAAAACUUGGAAAUAUCCUUUGAAGAAUUUCUUCAAUCGUUUCCUUCCUUUGAAGAUGUGGUGAUCAAGAAUAACGCUUCCUCGAAUUCUUCCUUAGGCCUGACCCAAGAAGAAUUUCUACGUUCGAUUGUCGAUUUAAUUGUGAUACAUAUGAGUCACCAAAUUGAGAAAUAUGGAGUAGAUUUCAUGCUACAAGAAAGUGAUCUUGAACCUGACAUUGCUGUUUAUGUUCACCAUUUGCAACGUGGAAUUAUUAUCAAGAUUGGCUUCAAUGAAACUUCACCAAGAACGGUUUUCAAGAAGACCAAAAAAUAUAAACCUAUUUUUAGUAAAAUUGACUUACAAAGUAUUAAAUUUAUUGGAAUUAAUAUUUUGCCGGAUAAAACUGCGCAUAUUUUAGCUUUACCAUUGACUCUCUUUGUAGAUUAUGUUUAGCAAUGCAAAUAUAGCUGUAGGCAGGCACCUGUUACCUAGGUACUUAAAUUGUGUUUUUUAAAAAUAAAAUGAAAUUUUCAUAAAUAUUCAUGCAUGUUUUACACUUGUACGGAUGUUUAAACAUUUCUGAAAGCAAUUACAGAAAUGCAUUUUUUUUCAAGUUGGUUUUUUUUUUUUGGAAGGAUCUAGGACAACAAACAAAUAAUGAAUGUAAACAAUUUAUCAAGCUCACAGUAUUACCUACGUAGUUUAUAUUUUUGAAAUGACUAUACAAAAUAGUAGAUAGGUAGGUACUACGUAACUGAAUUUCCAGUCAAAUGACAACAUUUUGUUGUCAAUGUAUUUAGUCUACAAUCUCACAUUGUAUGUAAAUUUGACAAUAAUGAUUUAUAUAUUCUUUAAAAACAUUUAUUUACCUAAACUUGCUAUUUUGCUUAGGUACAAGUAUUCUUCAUGUAACUGUGGAUUGUUUUCAUAGACAUUACGUUAAAAAACGCUAGGUACUUAUUUUGUUAUGUAUUUCCAACGUAUCCGUUGAAUAAAAUGUAGGUACACGUGGGUAGGCUAUACCUACUUGAAAUAUAAUAUCGUUUUGACUA